AUGCGAUCAAAACCCUCCGUCAAGCCCUCGGCAUACCCGCCACUGCCAUUCCACGCCAUCCGCUUCUUCGGCUUCCUCUCCUCAAUCGUGGUCGGCGCAAUCUUAGCCGUGUUUAUCUACCACCUCCACGCCGAUGGCUACAAAUUACCAUAUUCAUUCCUAGUGCUCCUCGUAGCAGCUGCCCUCUCCCUCCUAAACAUCCUCCUAACAACCCUAAUCCACUGCAGCUGCGGCCUCUCCCCAAAACUCUCAAUAACAGCAAACAUAAUCCUCCUCAUCCUGUGGGCCAUCUCCUUCGGCCUAGUUUGCUGGUCCCUCUCUGGCACGAUAACAACAUCCUGCACAACGACACACUGGGGCAACUCAACGGGAAUCUCCGUCUGCCGCAGCUACAAAGCCCUCUUCACAUUCACGAUCAUCGCCCUGGUCGCACACAUCUCCGCAUUAUGGCUGGAUAUUAUUGUUCGCCGGCGCCAGAACCGCUUUGGCACUUAUGGCGCUAUGGGCUCGCAGCCUGGUCUUGAUGAUGCCGGGGCGUUUGAUGUUAAGAUGGAUGAUCAUUAUGCUCAUAAUCUUGGUCAUGGGCAUCAGCGGGGUGGGAGUGAGGCGACCCCUGCGCUACAGGAUUUUGAUAAUUUGCCGCCGGCGAAUUCGAGUGCUACUAUGCAUGGGGCGCAGGGGUAUGGGCAUGGGUAUGAGUAUGAGGCUCAUGGGGAGGUCGCGCAUGCUGGUGAUGCGCAGGGGUAUUAUGGGUAUGAUGCUGGUGGUAUGAGCCAUCGCGGGAGACAGGGAUAUCAGGAUCCGUAUCAGAGGGAGUAUACGGGGUAUGAUCCUGCGGCGUAUCGCUGA